AUGUCCUUCCCAUACAAGCACGUCCUCCUUAUUGGAGCCACCUCUGGCAUUGGCGCCGCCAUGGCGGACCACCUCAUCAGCCAGGGUAUUAACGUAACCGCCGUCGGCCGGCGCAAAGACCGACUAGACUCCUUCCACCCUUCAAUCGACGCCGUCUUCCUCAACGCCGGCAUCCAACACCGCUGCGACUUCUCCCACCCCUCCACCGUCAACCUCCCGCGCUUCAACCGCGAAAUAACCACAAACUUCACCUCCUUCGUCGCCCUAACCCACGCCUUCCUUCCCUAUCUGCUCGGGAAAGAAGGAAACUCAGGACUCAUCUACACCGGGACGCAGAUCAGCCUCGUCCCAGCGUACACCAUGCCCGCAUACAGCGCCUCCAAAGCCGCCCUUGAUGCCUUCAUCAUGUGUCUGCGCGAGCAGCUGCGUGAUACGAAUGUGAGGGUUAUGCAUUUGAGUCCACCGCUUGUGCAGACAGAGCUGCAUGAUGCAGAAGUAGGAGCUGAGGUGGGGAGGAAGAUGGGUAUGCCGGUGGAGCGGUUUACGGAUGAGGCGUGGAAGGAGUUGGAGAGCGGAAAGGAGAACGUCAUUAUCGGAAGUGUCGGUGGAUCAAGCAAGGAGCAAUUUAGUGAGAUUGUGGAGAGGAGGGAGGAGGCAUUUGGCAGGUUGGCAAAGCUACUGAGGAGCCAUUAG